AUGUCCAUGAUGAUAUGCCCAACAAUCUACAUCUUCCGCGGCGACCCCGACGUAUACUACAAGCGCCACUGCAUCAUCUGCUUCACCUCGCCGGACGACGACACGCUGAACGAGAGCAUCCACGUGCAGCGGGACGGCGAGGACGAUCCCUGGGUCCUCCACCGGAGCCACGAGGACAUGGACUGGAUCACGAACGACGGCUAUAUCGGGCACGUCAACGUCGGGGCCAUAACGGUGCGGGGAGGGGCCGACGAGGCCCAGCUCGUGGCCGACAUCGUGGCCGGCACGCCGCUACAUGGGCCGACGCACGAGAGGGAGUGGAACUGCCAGUCCUUCCUGCUCGAGGGCCUGAAGACGCUGGCCGACGAGGGGUUCCAGACCCAGGCGUGGUAUGAGGAUACUAUGGAGGAGUUUAUGGAUAGGUUGAUUGAAGGGGCUGUGCCUUGA